GAUUACUGGCUCUUUUUUCUUAUUAUUUGUAUGUGAAUGCAAACGUUUGCAAGUCAAAUAUCCCACUAGUCAUUUCUUUUACUAAUAAUUUAACUUGGAAGUUGAAAUGAACAUUGUACUGUGGACCCGUGGACCGUUUUAACGAACCGCUAACGUUGUACUGAACCUGUACCUCUGACUUCGAUUAUCAGAUUACCCCGGUUCCUACAAGUCAAUAUUUAUUUGAUAUAUUUUCAUUAUAAAUGCGUUGGUAGUAUGUAAAUCUGAUAAUCAGAUGUGUUUUAAUUACAAAGGUCUGAAAUGAGGUGCUGCGGAGCACGCUGUUUACUACUUGUUGCCGUGGCAGUGGCAGGCUUGGCUUAUAUUGCCUAUGUCCCAGUGCCUGAUGACUUUGAUAAUCCCUGGGAGAUAAGGCCCAUCAUAUGGUCUACAAAACUAGGGCCUUAUUUGUUAUGGCUGGGAGAGAAGCUGGGUUAUGGAACUGAGCUGGAGCAGUUGCGUGCACUGUUUGAGAAGGUGGGAGACAUGGUACCCCCAGACCCUAACUCCACUGUUAAGGUAGAAGAAAUAGCUUAUCGCUUAGCCCCAGAACACAAAUACCCAGCUGGUUUGGAGGACAGUGUGGCAGUGACUGUGUAUCUGCUGGAGAAUUCUGCUAAGUAUAAUGUGGAUCCCAACAGAGUGGCAGUGGGAGGUGACAGUGCCGGUGGUAACUUAGCAGCAGCAGUUGCACUGAAACUCAGAGACCAGAAUGUGACGCCAGUUCUAAAACAACAACUCCUUAUCUACCCUGCUCUCCAGGCCAUAGACAAUCAGCUCCCCUCAGCGCAGCAGAACAGCAAACUCGGCAUUAUUUUAAAGACUGAUCUCAUGGUGAAAUUUUGGUUGUCCUACUCCUUAGGGGUUGCAAAAGCAGAUGUUAACCAAUUGAACCUGCUGCUCAACAACCAGCACCUUUCAGAGCAGGCUCUAAGGAGAGGAAGAGAGUUUGUGCAUCCUUCAUUACUGGAGGAGAAGUAUAUUCCAAAGGACUAUAAACCAUACAAAAACCAAGGCUUGUCAAAGCCGCCUAUUUCAGCGGAAUUUGAACGUGUAGUGAUGGAUCCAUAUUUCAGUCCGGUCAUGGCUGAGACUCUGCAGGGGGUCCCCGGGGCAUGCCUCAUUACCGCAGAAUAUGACAUCUUGAGGGACGAUGGCUUGUUGUUCAAAAGGCGUUUAGAGGAGGCGAAGGUCAAGGUUACACACCACCAUUACAAGAUAUUCCAUGGGAUUUUCAUUGAACCACACAGUCACAUGAAAAUGUUUGCACAAGUUCACAGAGACGUUUUGGCUUGUUUAAAACAUGUGUAAUAAAUU